AAUUAUUUCAAACAUUCCCAAGCCAUCGAAAGAACUCUUCGUUGGCGGUCGCCUCUCCCACUUUACCUCUGCGAACUCGAGUUUCCCGCGUCUAUUGAAGUAGGAGAUAUGAACUCCAAGAAAUGCGUCAGUCGGUUUGAAACUUUGGAGCUAUUCUAAAUCUCUCUCUCUCUCUCUUUGCGAACAAUUUCUGAUGUUUCUCCGCCACCAUCACAGGAUUCACAACUGCCUUAUCUUCACUAGAUUCAAGCUCUUGUUUCUUUCCUACCACUCUUCCGUUUCCCCUCUCUCCCUCCUAUUCGCCCCUGAAUACCACCCAAAAGCAGGAGGCGCGGAAUUAAUAGCCCAACGCCAGGGAGAAUCAGAAGCAGAAGCAGAAGAACAAAGAGACCAAGGAUGCAACAAUCGAUCCAGACGCAAGCGCAGAAUCUCCCUCGCCAUCUCCCAAAUCAUCAACAGCCGGCCAUGGUCUCGGGAUCUCGAAAACGCACUCCAUCCACACACCUCUGCGCUCUCCACCACCGCCGUCGUCGAGAUCCUCGAGCGCGUCAAGCUCCCUUCGAAAUCUCUCCAAUUUUUCAAGUGGGUGCAAGACAAAAGGUUCUCUCACAACGAGAAGACCUACUUCAAGAUGAUCGAGGUCCUCGGCCGCAGCCGGAACCUCAACGCCGCCCGCAACCUCCUCAUGGGGAUGCCCAGCCAUGGCGUCCAAUGGGAAGACCGGUUCUUCAAUAGCCUAAUGCGGAGUUACGCUAACGCCGGCCUGUUUCAGGAAUCGAUCAAGCUCUUCCAGAAGAUGAAAGAGCUCGGAGUGUCCCCUUCUGUGUAUACCUUCAACACCAUCUUCUCAAUUCUGCUACGCCGUGGUCGAACGAACAUGGUCCGCGGCCUCUACGACGAAAUGCUCCGCUCUGGAGUCAGCCCCGAUGUCUUCACGUUCAAUAUCCUCAUUAGGGGCUUCUGCCUGAACUCCAUGGUCGAUGAGGGGUUCAGGCUCUUCAAUGAAAUGGUGAAGCAGGGGUGUACCCCUGAUAUGGUUACAUACAACACCCUUAUAGAUGGACUCUGCCGAUCCGGAAAGGUCGCCAAGGGACAUAAUUUGAUGAGAGCAAUGAGGAGGAAGGGAGGGGAAUUGAUCCCCAACGUGGUUUCCUAUACCACAUUGAUCAGGGGCUACUGUGAGAAUCAAUCGAUUGGUAACGCAUUGGAACUGUUCGACGAAAUGGUGGAGCAGGGAUUGAAGCCAAAUGAAAUCACAUAUAAUACCCUGAUUCAGGGUCUGUGCGAGGCGAGGAAGCUGGACAAAAUCAAAGAAAUCUUGAAGGAUGUCAUGGACAGUGGUAGCUUCAAGCCUGAUACUUGCACUUUCAAUACGUUGAUCAAUGCACAUUGCAAUGCAGGGAAGCUCAAUGAAGCAGUGAUGAUAUUCGGUAAGCUGUCAGAGCUGGGUGUUCAACCCGACUCUGCAACAUACAGUGUUUUGAUUAGGAAUCUAUGCGUUAGAUGCGAGUUUCAGAAGGCAGAGGAGUUCGUUGAUGAGGUCAUUAGGAGCAAGGUCCUUAUCCAGGCCGAGGGAUGUGUGCCCUUGGUUGCUUCUUACAACCCGGUGCUGGAGUACUUCUGUGAAAACGGGAAGGCAGAGAAGGCCGAGAGGUUGUUCAGACAGUUGCUCAAAAGGGGUACGCAGGAUCCUUGCACUUUCCGGACAUUGAUACUAGGGCAAUGCAAGGAGGGUAGGCCUGAAGCUGGGUAUGAGCUGUUGGUGCUGAUGUUGAGGAGGGACUUUGUACCUGAUCUGGAGACUUACAGUACUCUGAUAAAUGGGUUUAUAAAGAAGGAUGAUCCAGUUUAUGCUCAUAAGACUCUUCAGAAGAUGUUAAAGAGUGAACAUGUUCCUAGGACAUCCACCUUCCAUCAGAUUUGUAGUGCUUUAGUUGCUGCAGGUAAUGUUGUUGAUGCAGCUUCUGUCAUGAGGAUGAUGAUUGACAAGAAAAUUCGCCAGAAUAUCAAUCUCUCGACAGAUGUUGUGGCCGGCCUCUUUGCAAAGGGCCAUGGGCAUGAUGCCCUUGAAGUUGUUCGAGCACUAUAUGAUAGUGGCUACUCUGUUAAGUUGGAAAGCAUCGUUGAUUUGCUUAUUUGCAAGAGUAAAUUUUCUGAGGCGCAGGUAAUAUUGAUGUUUGGCUUGAAUCAUGACCAUGAAUUUGGCAGAGAGGUUUGUGGCAGAGUCAUUACAGGUCUCUGUAAAAAUGCGAAAGCUGAGGAAGCAUUCUCUUUGUUCUAUGAAAUAAUUGAGAAUGGAGAGUUGUCGAGCAUGACUUCGAUUAAACAUUUGGCUAUUUCACUUGAAAUACAGGAAAAAUCAAAUGAAGCAGCUUUUGUUUCGAAGCGCAUGGUGAGGGGUUACGUGACAGCAGCAAAUGAUGAUCCUAAGUACAAGUAAUGCAGUCCCUCAGAAAUCUGCUUCAGACAAUUGUUCGAAAAGAGUGUACACAGAAAGUUGGGGUGUCACUUCGGAAAUGCGCUCAUCCUAACCAUAAGCCUGUUGCUGCACUAUUGCAUUUUGAAGAUGUGCUCAACCUAUUAUGUUAGCAGGUAGUUUUGUAAUUUAUACCAUCUCUGCUGACUUGCCAAAUUGUUAACAUAUAUAAAGCGAAUAACUUUUGCGGUCAAAUUGAAUUUUACAUGUGUGCCCCCUACUUGAAAUUCUGACUCUGCCACGGAUUUUGUCCCUACAGGUCUUGUGCUUCUAGGAAUCUUUGAGGUUCUUUUCUGUCAUAUGAUUCGUUAAACUUUAAGGCCUUCUGUCAGUUCUUUCCCGUAUUAUAUAGAGUACCAGUAAACGGUUUGAUUACUUCCUACGUUGUAUUAGGAAAUUACAAGACUGUGAUGUAGCUUGCUUACUUUGACAUCAUAA